AUGCCCGCCAAUGCCGACAAGUCUAGGCAAACUUCGGGUGGAAAAUCCUUUUUCGGGAGAAAACUGUACAAGGAGAGGCCGGCAGAUGACCGCCACGAAAGCUACGCUGGAUCCUACGACAGCCUUGCACCGCCAGGGAGUUCAGCUGGUUCUCGCUCGUCCCGCUAUUCGAAACGAUCCUCGAUUCAGUCCAUGGACAUGAGCCAUGAUCUCGACCCCAGCAGCUUUGCUCCCACGGCUGGCGUCAUUACGUCUAUCCCAUUCGAAAGCCUACCAUCCGACACAAGAAACCCUGUCGCGAUCGAAAGCAUGUCCCGUCCGGAUUCCUCCCGCCAUGAACACUCCCCUAACCUCAUUGGCAAAGCUGGUGGAGAUUUCCAUCAAUAUCCGGUAUGGAAUGGCUCGUCUGCGCCAAAUGGUUCCUCUUCGCAUCCUUCCGGUCCCCGUCCACCUCCUCACUCUUCCAACUUGACCAUGACCAGUAGUUCGUCGGGGGAUCGAGGCACGAGAUAUCAGCAAUGGGGACGCCCCGGUAGUUCGACCGCGAAUGCAGGCUUCAAUCACAAUUCCUCGAUAGACUCAUCAUCAAAUUCUCGAACAUCCAUGGAUCAAGCUAGCUUAUACUCAUCCCACUCUUCUAAUACCCGCGGCUCCAACUAUUUUUCUUCCGAUGGCUCUGGUCGCACCUUGACCACUUCGCAUUCUAGUGAUCGCAAUACCGCAUUCCCUAGUUCAGGGGGAGGCCGUUUGUCAAAUGCACAAGCCGCAUGGCAACAGUCAACACACUCUACGACACCUCUCUCGCGCCCAAAUGAUAAUUACUUGACACGUCCAAGAGAUGAUCGUGUGGUAGACCAACUAUUCCUUGAGCUCAUGCAGAAGCGAGGCUGGCAAAAUCUCCCUGAUCAAGCCAAACGCCAAAUGGUAUCCUAUCCUGCCUCGAAGAAAUGGACAUUGGUUCACCAGGACCGUUUGACGGAGCUCCAAGGCGAGCAGAAACGAAGACAAAAUGCCCGUCAGACACACGGCCAUGAGGGUAUGCCAGGACUCCUAGAGCGUGCUGACGAGGAAGGAAGCCCAGAGUGGUAUGUGAAGAAGGUGAUGGACGACACAAUCACAUCCAAGCAACUCGCCAGUCUAAGUGUCAGUCUUCGAACGCAACCAAUCAGCUGGGUCAAAGCCUUUGUCGAAUCACAGGGUCAAGUUGCUCUCACCAACGUUCUACAAAAAAUCAAUCGUCGAAAAGCUUCCGGACCGGUCCCCGCACCCCCCAGCGGCGAUAAAGAUCUUGAUCGUGAAUAUGAUAUUGCGAAAUGUCUUAAGGCAUUGAUGAACAACAAAUAUGGCGCAGACGACGCUCUCGACCAUAUGGGCGUUCUGACAGCGCUUGUCAGCUCUCUCUCAUCACCUCGUCUAAAUACUCGGAAACUCAUCAGCGAGGUUCUUACCUUCUUGUGUCACUGGGCCGAGGGCGAAGGCCACCAGAAGGUUCUCCAGGCGAUGGAUAAAGUCAAACAUGACCAUAAUGAGACUGGUCGCUUUGAUGCCUGGAUGCGUAUCGUUGAGGUCACCAUCGAUGGUCGUGGUAAACUGGGAAGUUUGGUCGGUGCCAGUGAAGAGUACCGCAGUGGGGGUAUUGGCAUGGAAAAUUUGCUCAUGGAGUACGCUGUAUCGACAAUGAUGUUCAUCAAUAUGCUUGUCGAUGGGGCCGAGACCGACUUGCAGCUGCGAUGCCAUAUUCGGGCCCAGUUCAUCUCCUGUGGGAUCAAACGUCUUUUAACGAAGAUGGAAGGCUUCCAAUACGAAGCCAUUGACAAACAGAUUGAACGGUUCCGAGAAAAUGAGGCUAUUGAUUAUGAAGAUCUGCUCCAACGCGAGGGCAGCAGUACGAAGGAUAGUGUGGAGGGCGAAGUCAAGGAUAUGAGUGAUCCUCUUCAGAUUGCAGAUGCCAUUGCAACGAAGAUCAAUGGUACUCGGGCCCACGAUUAUUUCCUGUCGGCUAUGCAGCAUAUGCUCCUUAUUCGGGAGAAUGCUGGUGAAGAAGGAUUGCGGAUGUUCCAGCUUGUAGACGCCAUGAUGAGCUAUGUGGCCAUGGACAGGAGGCUUCCUGAUCUUGACCUCCGACAGGGGCUGAAUUUCACCGUCCAGAGCCUUCUCGACCGUCUCCAUACCGAUGCCGAGGCGCGACGAGUUUACGAUGAAUCCUUGGAAGCUCGACAGAUCGCCGAAGCCGCUAUUGCUGAGCGCGAUGAGAUGAAAGCGCAGGUAGAGCUCGGUGCUGAUGGAUUGGUCAGAAAGCUCCAGAAGCAGAUCGAUGAACAGGCCGGUAUCAUUGAUCUCCAAGGACGACAGAAUGAGUCUCUGAAGGCUGAGGUUGCCGAAGUUCAACGUCUGCGGGCCCUUGAACUCCAGCGAAACGAACUAGAAACCCGAGAACUAUACCUCAUGCUUCGGGAUGCCCAGGAUAUCGCGGCAUCCAAUGCCCGGCGGGCCAAUGCCUCUGGCGAAGCUGGGAAGCCUGAUCCUUCGCAGCUACCUGGAAUUAUGGACCGCGAGCGCCUCAUGGAGCGAUUAGAACGCCAAUUGGAGCGUACAAAGACCCAAUUCAAGCUUGAAGGCAAAGUCUGGGGCCAACAUGGUCCAUCUGAUCGACUACGUGAAUUACGAGAGAAGAUGGAUGGAGAAGAUGACUCCAGUGAAGACUUCGCGGAGAACACCCGUCGCAACCUGGACCCGGGAGCUCUGGGAUCUGUUUACCGGAAGCGUAGCGUCGUGCCGGACUUUGACCAGACUCCAGAAGGCGUGCCAUCGCCCGUGGAUGAGGCCGACGAGUCAGGCCAUGAUCAACCUCAGACUCAGUCGCGUCUGACGGACUUCCAGCGGCCGCGUAUGAACCCCGCCCAAGCUACCGGUUUACUAGGAGAGCUUGCUUCCAAGGUUCCCAAGUACGACGAAGGACCUGAGGGUAAUGGAAAGGUUGAUGAGACUGUCGAUGAAUCCGCAAGUGCUGUUCCGGAAGAUGUCACCCCGACAGAUGCUCCCAGGCCGGAGGAAAUGGAGGACGCUGAUGCUAAAGCCAUGCCGCCUCCGCCACCACCUCCCAGUGGCGACGCCGGGGUUCCUCCCCCUCCGCCUCCUCCAAGCGGUGCAAGUGCUGUUCCCCCUCCGCCGCCACCUCCAGGUGCGAAGGGCGUUAUCCCCGGUCCACCACCUCCCCCUCCUCCCCCAGGUGGCAAGGCUGGAGUUCCUCCCCCUCCACCUCCUCCUGGCGGUGCGGGUUUCCGCGGUAUGCCCCCGCCGCCUCCAUCUCCUGGAGUCAAUGGUGGCUUCAUGCCUCCUCCUCCCCCUCCUCCCAAUGCUCCCCUGGGCGGAGGAUGGAAGGCUUCUUACUCCCUCGAAAACCCCGUGGCUCCUAGCACAACAAUGCCAUUUAUUCGUCCCAAGAAGAAGCUCAAGGCGUUGCAUUGGGACAAGGUGGAUACUCCACAAGUGACUGUUUGGGCUCAUCAUACUCCAACGGCCGAAGCCAAGGAACAGAAAUACACCGAUCUUGCAAAGCGAGGUGUGCUAGACGAAGUCGAACGGCUCUUCAUGGCAAAGGAGACCAAGAUAUUUGGAAACAGUACCGGAGCCAAGAAGAUGAAGGACAAGAAGCAAAUCAUCUCUAACGAGAUGUCGAAGAACUUCCAGAUUGCUCUAGCGAAGUUCUCCCAAUUCCCCCGGCCGAGGUCAUUCGCAUGA